UUUUUAGUUAUGAACUUUCGUAUUUGCCAAACUCAACGAACUGAUUUCAUUUCCCUCGAAGACUUGGGACCUCUCCUUCAAUUUUCAUUCUGAAUUUUUUGACGUGCAUCUUCCGAUGAUCGCCUCUAAGUUCAUCCGAAAAAGAACCAAUCCUUCCUGAAAAUAUUAUUGUGGCAUUUCUCUGUUGCUGCAUAUCGCCACCGAUCCCUCUCAUGCAGAAAAUAUGUUGCCUUUUCUUUUAUCGGAAUUUGUUAUGUAAAACGAAUUCCUGCGAUAUGCAUUCACAAAAUUACAUACAUAUAAACACACAUGUAUGUAUGCCUAUGUGUACUGAUUAAUUUCUGCGAUAGCUCGAUUUUAAUUUGUCUAUGAUACUGUUCUGGUUAGGGUUUUAGGCCAUGUUUUGGACAAUGUCGCCCCUGACAUUGUUCGAAAUCUGAAUAUAGCUGUGUUGUUUGAAGAAUUCUUAUUGGAAUUGGAUGAUUUACGUUGAAUUUCCUCCCAAAAAUGUCCUCAACUGGGACCUCCUUAGAGGAAAUGCUGGAUUCUCUGGGGCGAAGAGACGAUCAGAAGCCCAACGACAUGCCUCCAGCCCUCCCGGCACGGCCGACCUCUCGCACUCGCCUUCCAUCGAACAGGCGGGCAGCGCUGCCUGGCAUUGUUGAAGCAGUGAUGGAGCUGAGCUCAUUAAACUGUGCGAACAAGGAUGAUUCCAAAGGCUCUAGGUGGGAGAGUGUUGGGGCCAAAACUGUUAAAAAAGUGAAACAGGGGGAAUCACACUACCCCAUGGCUGCUUCAGAUGAGUCCAAGUCCGUAGAGAUGCUUGCCAACCCUCCCCUAGGGUCGAGCUUUAGGGAGUCCGAGAGGAACAUGGAUAUGGAGUAUUUUAUCAAACAUGUAGGGAAACUUCUUGUUUGGUGUCGGCUACUUAAUGGCCCAUGGGAAUCAGGAGAAAUGAAAUCUACUUCAGGCGAUGAAGUCUCUGUCCUUCUCACAAACGGAACUGUUUCCACGUUCAACAAACUGAAUAUUUUUCCUGCCAAUCCAGACAUUCUUCAGGGGGUGGAUGAUCUUAUCCAACUUAGUCAUUUGAAUGAGCCUUCAGUUCUUCAUAAUAUUCACCACAGAUUUUCUCAUGACAUAGUAUAUAGUAAGGCAGGGCCCGUUUUAGUGGCAGUCAAUCCUUUCAAAGAUAUCCAGCUAUAUGGGGAUGACUUUGUUAACGGUUAUCGACAGAAGCUCCUAGACAGCCCUCAUGUUUAUGCUGUUGCUGACAAAGCAUACUGUGAAAUGAUGACAGAUAAAAGAAACCAGUCCAUUGUGAUAAGUGGGGAGAGUGGGGCUGGGAAGACUGAAACUGCCAAGUUAGUGAUGCAAUAUUUGGCUGCACUUGGUGGAGGUAGUAACGGUGGAAUAGAAUCUGAGUUUCUGCAAACAAGCUAUAUAUUGGAAGCCUUUGGCAAUGCUAAAACAACUAGGAAUAACAACUCCAGCCGAUUUGGAAAGUUAAUUGAAAUCCAUUUUAGUGAUACUGGAAAAAUUUGUGGUGCUAAAAUACAGACUUUCCUACUUGAAAAGUCAAGAGUUGUUCAGUUGGCUCAAGGAGAGAGGUCCUACCAUAUUUUCUAUCAGCUUUGUGCUGGGGCUCCUUCUUGUCUCCAAGGUAGACUGAUGUUAAAAAGGGCUUGUGAUUACACCUAUCUCAAUCAGAGUGAUUGCUUAGAGAUCCAUGGUGUUGAUGAUGGCCAGAAUUUUUCUACUCUUAUGGAAGCUCUAAAUAUUGUUGGAAUAUCCAAAGAUGACCAAGAGCAGGCCUUUGAGAUGAUUGCUGCAGUAUUGUGGCUGGGAAACAUAUCAUUUCAUGUCAUUGACAAUGAAAACCACACAGAGGUUGUUGCCAAUGAAGGUAUUUGGAGUUAUUUUCUCAUAUCCACAGCUGUUAAAAACGCUGCUAACCUGAUCGGCUGUGGUAUUCCGGAGUUAAUGCAUGCUCUAUCAACACAUAGCAUACAAGCUGGAAAAGAUAAAGUUGCCAAAAAGCUGACACUACAACAGGCAAUUGAUGCGAGAGACUCCUUAGCCAAGUUAAUCCAUGCAAGCUUGUUUGAGUGGUUAGUAGAAAAGAUCAACAUAUCACUUGCAAGGGUCAAGCAUCACACUGGAAGUUCAAUAAGGAUUUUAGAUAUUUAUGGGUUUGAAUCAUUUAAGAAAAAUAGCUUUGAGCAGUUUUGCAUCAACUACGCUAACGAAAGGCUCCAACAACAUUUUAUCCGACAUCUCUUUAAAAUUGAGCAAGAGGAAUAUGAGUCGGACGGAAUUGACUGGGAAAAAGUAGAUUUUGUAGAUAAUCAAGAAUGUCUCAAUCUCUUUGAGAAGAAACCUCUUGGAUUAGUAUCUUUAUUGGAUGAAGAAUCAAAUUUUCCCAAAGCCACAAGUUUAACUUUUGCUGCUAAGCUGAAACAGCACCUCAGUGCUAAUUAUUGUUUUAAAGGAGAUGGGGCUGGAGCAUUUACUGUUUGCCAUUAUGCUGGAGAGGUUCUCUAUGACACCGGGGAGUUCCUGGAAAAGAACAGAGAUCCAUUGCAUUCCGAAAUCAUACAGUUAUUCUCACUGUGUAACAGCCAAUUGCCUCAAUUGUUUGCCUCUAAAAUGAUCCCAUCUCAGAAGCAAAGUGUGAUAACAAAAUUCAAGGACCAGCUUUUUAAAUUAAUGCAGCAGCUUGAAAGCACAACUCCCCAUUUUGUCCGUUGUAUAAAGCCAAAUAGUAAGAAGGUUCAUGGUGAAUUCGAGAAAGAUCUUGUAUCAGAGCAGCUUAGAUGCUGUGGCAUUCUUGAAGUUGUUAGGAUCUCAAGAUCUGGGUACCCAACCCGGAUGACACAUCAAGAAUUCACAAGAAGGUAUGGGAUCUUACUUCCUGAGAAUAACAUAUGCCAAAAUCCAUUAAAUACCUCAAUAGCCAUUCUACAGAAGUUUGAUAUCCAACCUGAAAUGUACCAGGUUGGUUAUACAAAGUUAUUCUUCCGAGCAGGACAGAUUGGUGCUCUGGAAGAUGUUAGAGGAGAAACUCUGACAGGUGCUCUUGAGAUACAGAAAUGCUUCCGUCGUCAUCUGGCUCAUCGGAGUAUUCUCAAACUUAAGGGGGGAAGUACCGCGUUGCAAUCAUAUGUCCGUGGUGAAAUCGUGAGAAGAGAGUAUAUUGCUUUACUAAAGCUGAAGCAGCAAGUUGCUGAACAAAAGAUGGAUGAGGCAGUUCUGCAACUACAAUCUGCAAUUCGUGGAUGGAUGGUACGAAGGCAUUUUAGUAACAGUCAGGAAUUGGAAGAAUCCAAUGCCAGUGAAGAACCAGAUAUGAUGAUUUCUGAAAUGCAGGAUGUUCUAACAGAACUGCCACUUUCUGCUAUUGAACUGCAAAAGAGGUUAGUGAUAGCAGAAAUGACUCUUGUAAAAAAGGAAAGAGAAAAUGCUGUCUUGAGAGAGAAAUUACAACAGUAUGAGGCCAAGAGGUUGGAAUGUGAAUCCAAGAUGAAAUCCAUGGAGGAGAUGUUGCACAAUCAGAUGGCAUCAUUACAAAUGAGUUUGGCUGCCGCAAGACAAAGCAUCUGUGCUGAUAAAUGUAGCACUAUAUCUGAAAAAUACUGUGAUAACGAAUCACCUCGGUUUUAUGAUUGUGAGGAGGCCUCUUCUCAGAAUCCCAGUGCUAGUGCUCUCAUCAAAUAUUCCAGCAAGGGUACUGCAGCUUCUACAUGUGGGGACAAGGGCGGCUUAGAGUUAGCUGCUCCUCAGCUUGAGCCGAAAAAACAUAAGUUUGUUGAUGAAGUCCGGGCUGUUAUGAAGAUCAAGUCAGUUAGUCUAGUUCGGAUGAGUCCUAGAGAUGAACUGCAGAAUAUGAAAAACAAGCUCGGAGCAUGGAAAACAGAUAUAAAGGGUAAGUUAAAGGAUGCAAAGCCAAAAUCACAGAAGCCUGGGCAUGCUGAUGGUGAAAAAGUUAAUCGAAAAUGGAAUGAUCUUGUCCCACAACGCCGAUUCAGUUUACAUUAGUUAGGUGCAUAUACUCCUGGUAAUUCUGACGAUGUAUGUUUUUUACAUGGAUUUUGUUGUUGGCCGGAGGCUCAACCAUCCUUGUCCUCUAGCUUAUGAGAGUAAGAAGGUAAGUAGCAUUAGUAUGUAAUAGAUGUUAGUUGUAUAUUGUUUCAAACAAUAUGUUUGUAUUAGGAUAUUAUUGGAGGUGAUAUGUAGAAUCACACAAAUGUGUACAACAUUUUUCAGUCUUCAUUUAUAAAAGAGCAUGUAUUUUGAAGUGUA